UGACAUUAAUGACAUUUCUAGUUUAUUGACGAAAACGAAAAAAAGGCCACGAAAUCACUGAAAAAAUAUUGAAAUAAAGCAUAUUACUUGGAUAUCAAGAUGUCUGAAAAUGUUAAUAUUGAUCUUUCAGGAGAAAUGAACGCAACAGUUGAAAAGAAGGGUUUCCAAAAGUAUGUGAAUGAUAUGGAGCUACUGGUGCAAACCCUACGCAGUGGGGCUGGCCCGGCCGUGGUGAUGGGGAUGCUUGCAUCUCGACGACCAUGGACCCAAUUUGUUGCUACUGAAAAUUUUAAGGCACCCGGAUCAGUACCGAGACUAUCGCGCCGAUUCUACCGCAAUGUAGAAUAUUUCCAAGCUAAUUAUUUGGUCGUCUUCCUUGGAUUAUUUGCUUACUGCCUAAUCACAACACCACUACUACUCAUUGCUAUGGUUGCAAGCUUCUUUGGCUAUAAGAAAUUGACUGCAGGACCAAAUACAUGGAAGCGCAAAAUCGGUAAUUGGGAGUUGACGAAGACUCAGCAGUACAUGGUAGCCGGUGCGGCUUCCAUGGCCAUUUGCUACCUGGCCGGUGCGGGAGCAGUUCUCUUCUGGGUACUAGGUGCUACUGUGACGGUGGUCGCCCUCCACGCCAGCUUCUUCGACAUAGAAGCCCUGCCGCAGGCGGAGGGCCCGGAACAGUUCCCGAUGAUCGAGCAAGUGUGACAGUGCCAGUUGCCAUUCUUCUUGUCCCCUCCCGGUCGUUUGCCGCCCGGUAUACUGCCUUUGCCGAAAUGAUAUUUAAAACUUUUGCUUCAGAAAAAGCAUUGAGCUUUUUUUGUAAGCAAAAAAUCUAUAAAUCAAAAUCGCGUUGGUGAAUACAGUGCUAACACGCUAAAUAAUGACUUUUUAAAUUUAAACUACUUGGGAUUCAGAAUAGUAAACAUAAAUUGACUCAUAAUAAACGGGCUAUUUGAAAACUAAAUCGCAAAUUGCAGUCCUGACUGUCUGAAUCGCACAUAAGAAAAAUAUUUUUAAAAUAUCUUUAAAGUAGUUUUUUGUUUUAUAUAAUGAAAGUACUUAAUUCAGUUUUAUGUUUAUGAAAGUGGGAAAAUUCUGACAACAAGGAAAAUAAGAAUGUCCCACUUAACCCUCAUGGGAUUACCCUGGAUCCUAGACUCAUGUCUAGGAUCCAGGGUAGUAGCUGCCAUAUUUUUUACAUACUUGAGCACUUACUAAAUACUUACCCACCGCGACGUCGAAAAACUAGCAUAAUAUCU